GUGCAGCUCUUCGAAGGCUCAGACCUCGCCUGUGACAUUGCAGGCCUGAAGCUCUCGUCCAUGCAUGCCGGUGCUCACCUCACCAGCAGCCGACCAAAAUGGAAGGACAUUGCCCGCGUACCUCGCGGCCGCUGGCUCCUGGUUGGCGAAGAAGCCAAGCAGCUAAAGCUGCCGGACUGCACCGACAAGCUGGAGGACCCUUACGAUGCUGUGGCCGUCGCAGUCAAGGCCAAGACGCUCCAAGACGUGCAAGAGUGCCGCAGCUUCGUUCAACGCAUCGCAGCCAAAGAGCGGUGCUGGCUGCUAUCGAUCAGGGAGGAAGGCACCAGCCUUGCAGAAGCGGCAGCAGAGGCAGCCGUCGAGGUUGGCGCCAGUGCAGUGGUCGGCUCGGUUGAGGACAUCCGUGAUGUGUCCACGGGGCUUGGCAUGGACUCAGAGGCUGUCCUUCGAGCCGAGGACGAGGACGGUGGAGGCGCUCAGCUUUCCAUGCGCAGUAGCAGGGCAGCCUCUGUGCCCCCAUCGAUCGUGGCUUCCAGGCAAGAGCCUUACGCCGUGGAGACUGAUCCCAGCAAGGGUGGCAAGGGGGCCCAGUGCCGCCUCAGCAAUCGCGUGGCACCUGGGCCGGGGCAAGUCGAAAUUCAUGCAGACCUUUGGGCUUUGAACUUCCGUGAUGUUUUGGUCGCAAAAGGAGCCAUCUCUGCGGUUGUGGCAGGCCAAUCUCUGGGUAUCGGCGGCGAGUGUUACGGCAAGGUUGCAGCGGUCGGCGAAGGCGUCAAAAACGUUGCUGUUGGAGAUACCGUGAUUGCUGUGCCACCUGAUGGAAUGGGCUCUUUCUGCACCACGGAUGCUCGCUGGGUUUCCACCGCACCAACAGGCAUGAGCCCCGAAGAGGCCGUUGCAGGCACAUGCGUCUAUGCGACAGCAUGGUAUGCCCUGCACUGGCUGGCCCGCAUUCGAAAGGGAAAGCGUGUGCUGAUCCACAGUGCCGCAGGAGGUGUUGGGCUGUCUGCCCUCCACUUAUGCAAAAAAGCUGGAUGCGAGGUUUAUUGCACUGCUUCCACUCCCGAGAAGCGCAAGGUGCUCUUGGAGUUGGGCGCUCUUGCGGUCUUCAACUCCAGGGAUCCGAUCGACUUCGAGCAGGGCAUCCGUAAGGCCACGGCCGGCCAGGGUGUUGAUGUUGUCCUGAACUCGCUGAGCGGCGAGGCCAUUCCAGCGUCACUGAGACUGCUGCGAGCAUGUGGCCAUUUCCUAGAGAUCGGCAAGCGCGACCAGUACGAGAACACUCCGGUGCUGUUGCAUCCCUUCCUGAAAGGACUUCACUACCAUGCUGCUCACCUGGAUGUGCUGAUGCUGGAGUGGCCAGAUACAGCCAGGGAGCUUUUGGAGGAGGUGUGGGCAGCCAUGCCGCAGCUGCCGACGCUUCCGACGAAGACCUUUGGAAUGUCAGACUUGUCAGGCGCCCUGGAAUACUUCUCCAAGGGCGUCCACAUUGGCAAGGUUCUCGUCGCGGUGCAGAAUUGUGAAGUUCUACCAGCGCGCCCAUCGAAGGUGGCAGGGCCCAAGGACGAUUUGGUGUCCGGAUGCCUGCAAGCAGUGCUAUCAGCUUCUGAAGGCACCGGCGGCGUGCUCUGUGCCCCGACGCUUGCCGACCUUGCAGAGCUGUCUUUGAGCUCUGCGCAGUUGGUUCUUACAGCGUCGCCGGCUGUGGCAGCGGCUGUGCAAGUUCUCAACUCACAGGCCACCUGCGUAACUUUGCCCGUCUGGGAACCCGUCAUGGACCUGGACGAGUGGCUCAGCCUUGGAGGGCAGAUCUUCGCCUCAGAAGAAGAAGUGGAAGGCGAUUUGCGUCAGUGGCUUUUCCAAACUGUAGAGGAGAUGUCCGGACCCAUUCAGUUGGACAUGAGCUUCGAUGAUGCAGGCAGGUGUGGCGUGCAGCUUGAACUAAGCUGA